AUGGAUGCCGUAACACUCAAUGUUAGACUCAAAAGAGCGAUUGAGGUCCGCCCUGGCUCUUAUUUUUACAUAUAUCUUCCGUCAAGAUGGGCAAAAUAUAAUUUUCUUCACAGUGUCACGGCAAUGGUGUAUUGGUAUCCGCCUGAAGAUGGCCCAGAAGCAGUAAGGGAAGUUACAUUUUUGCUCUCUCGUGCCAGCUAUAAUGCAAGUUUCCAAGAAGGGCAAUUCAUAUUUCUCGAUGGGCCAUACGGUCAAGAUCCGCAGUUACAUAAAUACCAAAAUGUCGUACUUGCCGCUAAAGGAAUUGGAAUAGCUGCAAUCCUACCCUUAGCUUUGGAUAUAGGUGCCCGACGACGCCGCGACGAUAUCAAUCGAGCUGAGCUGCAGAAAAUUAGCUAUAAGCUCAAAGAGGUAAUAGAACAGAAGGGUAAGUCGUCAGGUAACGAGCUUGCCUCUAUUCUUCAGAAAGAGAAACUUUUAAAGAAACAAAAAGACGAAUAUGAGAAAAAGAAAUUAUACCGCGACACCGUCAAGAAUGUCGAUUUAUUCUGGUCUCUUGAAGAUAACUCUCAAAUGAUAUGGGCGCAAAAUGAAAUCCGAGCUCUUCAAAAGCUCGACCCGCAUCAUAAAUUGUUUGUUGCUUGGUGUGGUUUUCCGAAGCCCCAAAGCGGCUAUUUACCAUUUAAAGAUGAUGGUUAUUGGAAAUGCAUCUAUUCGGUAUCCUCUCAAACCUUUGAUAAGCUAUUAGUACAUAAAAUCCAAGAACAACGACUACGCCGGCCAGGGAAUCUCGCUGUGAUAGCCUGUGGAGAUGUUCCUUUUAUGGCCAACGUCCGAAAUGGGGUCAUUGAAAGCAUAGACGACAAGAACAUUGAGUACAAAGAGACAGAAUUCCAGCCAAUAUCUUUCGGCCACAACAAGCUGAAAGGACCAAGUGCUGGAACUCUGCUGCGUGCAAGAACAACAAGCACAAAACGUAACACAAUGAGCGAGGAUGAUGCUUCACUUCUCCGAAAUUCCAAAGACAUAGAGAAGGAACAACAAGAUCUACAGAGUAUUCCCGUAUAA